GCAUCCUCUAUCUCUCCCUCUCUAAACUCCCACAACCUGGUAGAGAUUAGAAUACUUGGAGAGUUUGGAACAAGAAGAGGGGAGAAUGAGCCUUCUCGACCACCUAUGGGACGAGACGGUGGCCGGCCCCCGGCCGGACUCCGGCCUCGGCAAGCUCCGCAAGUACUCCUCCUUUUCCCCUUCCUCCUCCGCCUCCGCCUCAGCCGCCACCGCGCCUGGCAGCUUCCAUGUCACCCGGAGCAUCACCAUCCUCCGCACCGCCACCUCCCCCUGCAGCACCCUCGACUCCGCCUCCUCGGCCCCAUCGUCGCCGGCCAGCGUCCCCGACUCCCCAAUCACACCUACGGGGCUGAGAGGAGAAUGGAGGAGGCCUAGGAGGAAGCCGGCGCCAAUGGCGGAGGGUAUGGAGACCGCCGAACCCCGGAACCCGACCGUUUACGACUGGGUGGUGAUAAGUUCUCUGGAUAGAUGAUGCUGAGUUAAACAGAAGAAAAAAGGAUCACAGUCCACUUCAGUGUGGUGGAAGCUGGUGUUUACAAGUCUCUAUACAUGUGUGGUAAUAGUAGUAGCGAUAAAAUUAUCAGAGAAUGUGGGACAAGAAUAGACUAGGAGUGAUGAGUGGAGAGACGGAGAGAAACCUUGGUAGGUAUAAGAAAGUUUUGUGAAGCAGGAGUGUUCUCUUUUGCCCCUCUAAUGCCUGUUUGGUGUUUUGCCAUGUAAAUUGAAUAUGGCUGUUGGCUUCGUACAAUGGAUGUAAAUUGAAUAUUGCUAUGCUAUAUGAUGGAAAAAAAUAUGGUGUAA